CGGUGGCCCUUAACUUAUUCGAAGGCAAAUAAUAUUAUCCUCAACGAACCGACUGGACCCCUACGUAGGUACUUCUUAUCUCCCAGCCGUUUCCACGAUCUCUUCCCCCUCGUCAACCGCCUACAAACUUCCAUUCUUCCCAUCCCCUGCCCACACGUACUCCCCCUCCCAUAAUCCCCCGGCCCCACCGUCACGUGAUCAUCAUUCCCUAUAUCUCCACUAUUUAACCCCCGCCCUUUUUCUCUCACAUUCAUUCUCCAUCUCCGUAUAUACAAACUGAAAUCCAGGCGUAGCUAAGGGUGAGGAUGCUUAGCUGAUUUCAGACUUCCAGCAUGCAAAAUCUGAUAGGUAAAUUUGGAGCAACUGCAUGCACUUGACACAUUACCACCAACCGAGAAGAAUACAGAGAUAUAUAUACACUUGAAAGACAGAAAGAAACUGAUCGAAGAUGGUCGCUCCGGAUUCAGAAAUGGUGUCUCAAAGCGAGGUGGAAUCCGCAUUGCAGCUGCAACCAGCAGGUCAUCAUCAGCUGCAUCAGAAUAAGAACAACAAUACUGGGUAUGCAUCAUCAUCACUAGGCAGGCAGUCCUCCAUAUACUCUCUCACGCUUGAUGAGUUCCAGCACACACUCUGCGAAAGCGGCAAGAACUUCGGGUCUAUGAACAUGGACGAGUUCCUCAACAGCAUUUGGACUGCCGAAGAGAACCAAGCACAUACUCAUGGCCCUCCACCAGCAGACGCUUCUAAUGAUGUCAUGAUGCAUAAUUUCGUGCUCGGCGAUCAUCACCAUACUAAUACUUCUAAUAAUAAUAAUGUUCCCGUGGUUGACAAAUGUACAACCACCGCAAUGCAGCCAGGCUUAGCCCUGGCAAGGCAAGGCUCCCUCACGCUCCCGGAGCCGUUGUGCCGGAAGACCGUGGAUGAAGUGUGGGCCGAGAUUCACCAGCAGCGCAGCGAUGGGAAGUUCCAGAACAAUCAGGCAGCAUCCGGUUCGAAUGCACAGAGGCAGGUUACGUUUGGAGAAAUGACGCUCGAAGAUUUCUUGGUCCGAGCUGGUGUGGUGCGGGAGCAGCAGGGGUUUGCUCCCACCCCUCCUCUACCCUCAUCCCACCAUCAACCGCAACAAUAUGUAACGUACCAGAACAGCAGCAAUAACCCUGUAGCCAUGGGUGCACCUUAUGUGGCCCCACGAUCCGUCAUGGGCUUAUGUGGUGGCGGUGUUGGUGGGGGAGUUGGUGUCCCUACACCUUACCAGACACUUCCACAGCAGCCAGCACCAGUGACUGUUUAUGGAGGGGCAAUGGGGAACCCAUGUAGUGCUGGUGUCGGGUAUGGGCACGUGCAAGGAGGACCCGUUGGGUUGGGCUCACCGAUGAGUCCGAUUUCUCCUGACGGGCUGUGCAUGAAUACCCAAGGGGCUGACGGAGGAAGCCACUAUGGAUUAGAGGCUGCGGCCGGGAUGAGAGGAGGAGGGAGGAAGCGAAUCAUAGAUGGGCCAGUGGAGAAGGUGGUAGAGCGGCGACAGAGAAGGAUGAUCAAGAAUAGAGAAUCUGCAGCUAGAUCCCGAGCCAGAAAGCAAGCUUACACAGUUGAACUGGAAGCAGAACUGAAUCAGCUGAAAGAAGAAAAUUCCAACCUCAAACAAACCGUGUGUGAUCUAACGGCAAAGUUGGAGAGGAAAAAGAAUGAAGAGUUUCAGAGUUUAGAGGAAAUGAAAUCAAAAGCAUGCACAAAAGCGGAAAAGGCGGCAGAGAAACUGAGGAUGGUUAGGAGGAGCACGAGCUGCGCUGCUGCACUUCUUCGAGCCAUCUGAUCAUAUUUGCACACCCAAUUUUGUGAACUUAUACAUACAUAAUAUACCUAGACAUAUAUACAUACAUAAAUGGUUGGGAAAUAUACUUUGGUAGGAGAAUAGAGUUAUCUUUUAUCUGUAUUCUGUAAUAUAGACUAUUUCAGUUAUGAUACUUGAUUGAUA